UAACGUAGGUUAACGAAAUACAGUCAUUUGUAUGGUGUCCCUGGAGACAGAAACAUUUGAGGAAGUAGGUUGAGUAAAUAGUUUGGAUUUAGAUGAAAUGAAAAUGAAAACGACUUUGGUGUUGUUGUUGUUGUGUUGUGUGAAAGAAUAUUGUUUUGGAACAAAUUUGAAUAGUAGAAAUGAUUUGAGAAGGAACAGAGCGGACAGUGGAAUGGAUGUGUCAGAUUUUUCUAUUUAUUAUGAUAUAAACACAAAUAAGAUUAUAAAGAAAAUGAUGCCCCGUCCAUGGUAUAGUCCUGGAUGGUCAUUGCGUUUGCCGUUCACCGGUGGCAAGUGUAAUUGUGACGAUUUUAGAUGUGAAUGUUGUACUGGUAUUCGAAUUGAAUCGCUGAGUUUCGACAGAAGAACAUGUGCGGUAUUGACUUUUGAACCCACGGAAUCUACUUUAGACUUGGAAGUGAAAAUGAAUAAUGACAGUGUAUAUAGAAAUACGUUUUCUGCCAGAAAUCCUCCGCCGUUUUGCGUUCCAAUCCCAGUGCCCUAUCUACCUCCAGGGUUGAUGGAUAUGUGUAUAAGGCUAUUCGAUAUUAACAUUGUUGAGCAGAAGUUGCAUGUUUGUAUGGACAUGGAUACCAGAAUCGACAAGGCUCCUAUAUUGAUUCUACAUUUUGAUUGCAUGGAUAUGGGAUUGAAUGGAAUUGGUUUAUCUAAACCUGGAAGUAAUGGCUUAAACCAAUCGUCAAAUGAUACUUCUGGCACGGAACAAAGUCAACUGGACAGCGACGUUUAUGAUCCUGUAACAGAAGACACACCGACUACAACAAAGUUGUUUCAAAACAGUAUUAAAUAUAUUUAAUUGA